AUGGGGAUAUUUGGCAACCUCUCUCCCGAAGGCACCAUUACAAUUGGUAUCCUAGUCGGCUUAAUAUCCACGAGCGUCCAAUCUCUCGGCCUCACUCUCCAGCGAAAGUCGCAUAUGCUCGAAGAUGAAAAGUAUCCACUCGAAUUUCAACGACCAGCGUAUCGAAGGCGAAGAUGGCAGUUAGGGAUGGGCAUGUUCAUAUUUUCCAACAUAGUCGGGAGUACGAUACAGAUUUCAACCCUACCUUUACCAGUUCUAUCGACCCUACAAGCCGCCGGAUUAGUCUUCAACUCUGUAUGUGCGAGUCUAAUAUUAGGUGAACCUUUUACGCGAUGGUCUUUCUACGGUACCGCGCUCGUUACUACCGGGGCGGCCUUAAUAGCAAUUUUCGGCGCGAUACCUUCUCCAGCGCAUAGUUUACCAGAGUUACUAGAUCUGCUCGGUAGAUGGCCUUUUAUCCUUUGGAUGUCACUCCAGGGUGUACUCGUUAUCUCAAUGGCAGUGGUUAUCGAUCUGGUCAAUCAUCUUAGCAGCCUUUCACAAAACUCUAGGUUCCGGCUAGCCCGUGGUCUCGUAUUUGGAUGUAUCAGUGGCAUCCUAUCAGCUCACUCUUUGCUAUUCGCUAAGUCUGCUGUCGAGCUUGUUAUCAGGACAAUCGCAGACGGCGACAACCAAUUCGUACAUUGGGAGUCGUGGAUGCUCGUGCUUGGACUAGUUUCUCUGGCAUUAAGCCAGUUGUAUUAUUUACAUCGUGGAUUGAAGUUGAUAUCCACCUCAGUAUUAUACCCCCUUGUCUUUUGCAUUUACAACAUCAUCGCUAUUCUGGACGGUUUAAUAUACUUUCGACAGACGGAUCUCAUUACACCUUUACACGGCGGACUUAUUGCAUUGGGCACUGCCAUCCUACUCUCCGGCGUUCUAGCGUUAUCAUGGCGUCUUAGUGAUGAACAGCAUCCGCCCGCUGUCGGACAGUCUACUCUGACACCGGGAUUAGGAUUAGUAGAUGACACAGAAGGAGAGGACUCGUCUCCCACGGAUACGGACUCGGUGGGCCUAGUUGAAGAGGCUGUACCGGCUACCUACAAUACCUUUGCGCCAAAUAUAGAGACCACGCCUCUCACACCAGGUCGCAAACCUUCAAGCCGUUGGCACGAGCGUUCGGAAAUAUGGGACGAAUUAGAAGAUCAGGAUACACCGAGACCAUCGUUCACCAAAUCCCGAUCGAUCACUAUGCCCGGCAGUGCUGUCAGCGAGAAUACGCCGUUAAUGGGCGAUAGGAGGGUAGUUUCAGGGGAAUCAACAGCUUCCCUAACUACAGCUGAACCUAGCGGGGAAUCCCCGAGGAGAAUUUUUCGGCGCCGGAGAAAGUCGACAGGAUUCCCAGGCUUUACGGCGCGCAAGCAUAUGCGGCGGAAGAGUUCGGCAGGUGCUGGAGUUCAAGAUGCCCUAGGCGGAAUCUGGAAGCUGAGGUGGUGGCGCGGAAAACGUGAUAACAGCUCAGAUGUGGCAGUAGCCAGCUCACCAGGAGACGAAAGCGAAAGGAGGCAGUCUUGGGUUUCGAGUCCUUCGAGGAGACAGUAUCACGAUGAGCCGGAGGGUGAUGACGAGAGAAGGGAUCUUAAUCAAAGGUCACGGCCUAGGAGUCCCAGAGGCGAUGAUGCUGUUUAA